AAUAAACAAAAAACAAUGUUAAAUAUGUCAACAAAAAUAUUCAAAAAAACUAUCGUAUCCGAUCAUGAUCAUUCAACAUCAAUCAUACCCGGUGAAAGUGAAAAUUGUCGAAAACAACAUAAUUUUUUAUGGUGGAUGAUGAUGUUGAUGAUGAUGAUGGCUCGUCGUCGCCGUAUUUCACCGCCCAUUACUUCAUCAUCAUCAUCAUCAUUGAUCAAAAAUCAGAAUUCACUGAAAACUAGUACUGAUCGAACAACAAUAAUGGCAAAUUCGACGAUCAGAAUUUUUGAUCAAAAAAAUCUUCUCAUUCAUCAUCAUUCAAAUGGCGGCAAAAUAGAUCGGAACAUCAAAGAUUGUGAUGCAAACGAGAUGACGACGGAAGAAAUGGACAGAAAAAAUAAAAAUUCUUGUUUUCAAUCAACAGCGACGAAUCAGAAAUUUCAACCAGGAAUAAUCAGGCAACAAUCUAUACAACAACAUCAUACGGACAACCGUAAUAAACAUAGUGAUGAUUGUAGAACAACGAAAGAGCAGCAUGAUGAUGAUGGCGGUGGCGGCGGCGGCAGUAGAUUCUUCAUCACCAAUACUAACGACAACGACAAUCGUAACAAGUUUAACAGCAUUAAACAAAACUUUUGAAUGAUAGAAUCGGAUCCAGAAAUGAACACAUAAAACACACACACACACAGAGAGAGAAAGACCAAAUCUUAAACAUUUCAUUC